AUGCUUCGAGAUAUUAUUUUGAAAUUCGAUGAUCCUUGUAUUCCCUAUUAUAAAAUAACUGAUUGUGAUUUUAUAACACGUGGAAUGUUAAUUGCAUCAAGUGGACUUAUGUUAACUCAAAUAUCAAUGAGUUUGGAUCGAAUAUUUCACCUAUUUUUCUCUAAAUUCUACACAAAAUGCAAAAUGUGGCCACCUAUGAUUUUUGCAAGUUUUUCUAUUAUUUCUAGCUUUUUCGUUUAUGAUCUUUUGACAAUUGGAGAUCCAUUAGAAGGUCAAGUACUAAGUUGUGUAUAUUUUUCACCAAAAUCUGCUGGGAAUUAUAUAACCUACAAUGGAUUCUUAUUCUAUUUUUCAAUUGGGCAUAUGAUUGUGGACUUGCUCAUUUUAAGAAUAGCUAUGAAGCGAAAAAGAAAGACUUUGUGAGUUCAGAAUAUUUUUCCCUACAAUCAGGCCAAUUCAGAAAUACUUUCAACAUGGUUGAAAAAUAUCGAUCAAAAGAAUCUCUGAGAUCAAUUCAACACAUCGUUGCUCUCUCAAUAAUUCAAUUCACAGCCCAAGUUACAAGCUCAUUAUCCACUAAAUUUCUUGUAAAUGUUGCGAGUUAUCUCAACUCUUAUUUGAAUGCAAUCGCCGCAUCUUUAUUUUAUGUAAGUAGAUUAUUUUGAUUUUUAUUUGAAAAAAAAAACUAAUUUCAGACAAUGCCAUAUUUCUGUUUGGCUCAUCCAAUUCUAAUAAUUUGGAUGUUGAGAAGAACAAGGAUUCAGCGACAAAAAAGCAUCGAAAAAAUGCGAACACAUAAAGAAACCCAAGAAGAUCAUAUGAGAAGAAUUAGAAAUGCUUGGGCUUGA